CUCCCUCCCUCCUUUCUCCUGCGUCCAACAGCAGAGACCUCGUCAGCAGCUCCAAAAGAAAAAUACCAACGCAACCAAUAUCUCCUUUUGCUCUUCUGUCAUAUCCGCCGUAGCGCGGAGCAGUCGUGUCCCCCUCGCCGUCCCCUCAGCGGAUUCCAAGGUCAUUAAAACUGCCCCCUCCUCCCCCCGCCUCUCUCAAAAUCUCCAGUUUGUCCAAGAGGUGCUUGGAGAGGCGUACGUCCUGGUGUCCUUGAUGAGCUCUUAACUCUCCACCCCUUUGUUUUCUUUAACCAGGUCCAGCUCGCACACGACCAUGAGCGAACCCAUGUCAGGACCACUCGACCGUCACGGAAAAUCUGGCCUAGAUGGCGCCCCUGAAGAGAGGCGGGACAGAAAAUCCGAUGUUGACAACUCGGAGGAUGAGAGGAAGACCAGGAUUGAAUCUCUGAAGAAGAAGGCAAUAAAUGCCUCCACAAAGUUCAGAAAUUCAUUGUCAAAAAGGGGUAGGAGAAGUAGUAGGGUCAUGUCUGUCUCCAUAGAGGACGUGCGCGAUGCUGAAGAAAUGCAGGCUGUUGAUGCUUUCCGCCAAAUUCUCAUUUUGGAAGAGUUGCUGCCAUCAAGACAUGAUGACUAUCAUAUGAUGCUAAGAUUUCUGAAGGCCCGGAAAUUUGACAUCGAAAAAACCAAGCAAAUGUGGGCUGAUAUGCUCCAAUGGAGGAAGGAAUUUGGCGCUGACACCAUUGUUGAGGAUUUUGAGUUCAAAGAGCUUGAUCAAGUCUUGGAAUACUACCCACAAGGUCAUCAUGGUGUAGAUAAGGAAGGCAGGCCAGUCUACGUUGAAAAACUAGGACAAAUUGACACCAAUAAGCUAAUGCAGGUUACGAACAUGGAUCGCUAUAUCAAAUACCAUGUGAAGGAGUUCGAGAGGACCUUUAACGUCAAAUUCCCAGCUUGCUCAGUUGCAGCGAAACGACACAUUGACCAAAGCACAACAAUUCUUGAUGUGCAAGGAGUGGGGAUGAAACAUUUCAACAAGGUCGCAAGAGAUUUGAUCGGCCGUCUUCAGAAAAUUGAUGGUGAUAAUUAUCCUGAGACCUUGUGCCGCAUGUUCAUUAUCAACGCAGGACAGGGCUUUAGACUGCUAUGGAACACUGUGAAGAGCUUCCUUGAUCCAAAGACCACCGCAAAGAUCCACGUUUUGGGAAAUAAGUACCAAAGCAAGUUGCUUGAAGUGAUUGAUGCCAGUGAAUUGCCAGAGUUCCUUGGUGGCACUUGCAACUGUGAAGGAGGCUGCCUUCGGUCAGACAAAGGCCCAUGGAAGGAUCCUGAAAUUCUGAAGAUUGUGCAAAGUGGCAUGGCAAGAUGUGGACGGUCAUGCCAAGCUACUUCUGGUACAGACGAGAAAACAAUUUCCGAGGAUGAGGUAGUGUACCUUAAGAGGCAAGACUCAUUCUGUGGAGAGACUAUUUUAGCUGCCGAUGAUGUGCGACCUCCUUCUCCCAGAAUGUCAAGGGUGAUUGAACACCCACACUUGUCACCUGUUCGGGAGGAAGCAGUCAGUCCAAGUUACCAGGUCCAGGGCGCCAAAGAGAGCUUCCCUACUCCAGAUGCAGACGAUGAUUAUAUCCCAAUGGUCGACAAGACUGUGGAUGCCAGCUGGAAUAAAGAAGUGAUGAAUGAAGAACAACUUGCCCUUUCUAAAGGUUUCUACACCCUAUCUGAUGUUUACGAGGGUCCUGAUGGGUUUAGCAACCACAUCCUUGCCGGAGUCAUGGUCUUUGUCAUGGGCAUUGUCACCAUGCUCCGGGCGACCCGUGUCAUCCCAAAGAAGAUUGUUGAUGCAGCCAUUGACUAUGCCAGCCCUGUCUACUGUGCAGAGACAUUGGUUAAAGGCCAGAUGCACCAGCAACUGCCUGCAUCAACUGUCUCGGCUGCUGAAUACUCCUCUGUCAUGAAGCGCCUCAGGGAGCUGGAGGAGAAGAUGAGCAUCGUCGACAUGAAGCCUGCUGAGAUGCCCGUCGAGAAGGAGGAGGAGCUGAAGGCUGCCGUCAGCCGUAUGAAUGCCUUGGAGGUGGAGCUUGCAGCAACCAAGAAGGCUCUGGAGGAUGCUCUUGCAAGACAGGAGGAGCUUCUUGCUUACAUCGACAAGAAGAAGAAGAAGAAGAAGAGCAAGCUGAACCUAUUUUGCUGGUAAAUGGAGGACAAAAGAAGCUGCAGGUUUUUAAAAUAAAGCUGUGAUAUUGGCGUAGCUGGCUGACCAUUCUCUUGUCAGCAAAUAUACUAGUGUACUCCUUGUAUGUUUGGAUUUGCCAAACUGAUCAGUUGAAUAUAAAAAAUUCAUGAAUCUCCCAAGAUCAAACUGUCCUAAGUAAAUCUCAUUCCCUAUCAA